AUGGCGGCCCUUCCCGGCACUGUACCGAGGAUGAUGCGGCCGGCUCCCGGGCAGAACUAUCCCCGCACGGGAUUUCCUCUGGAAGUGUCCACCCCACUUGGCCAAGGCCGGGUCAAUCAGCUUGGUGGGGUCUUCAUCAACGGGCGACCCCUUCCUAACCACAUCCGCCACAAGAUAGUAGAGAUGGCCCACCAUGGCAUCCGGCCCUGUGUCAUCUCCCGCCAGCUGCGUGUCUCCCAUGGCUGCGUCUCCAAGAUUCUCUGCCGCUACCAGGAGACAGGGUCCAUCCGGCCUGGGGCCAUUGGUGGCAGCAAACCCAGACAGGUGGCGACUCCGGAUGUGGAGAAAAAGAUAGAGGAGUACAAGAGGGAAAACCCAGGCAUGUUCAGCUGGGAGAUCCGAGACCGGCUGCUGAAGGACGGGCACUGUGACCGCAGCACCGUGCCCUCAGGUUUAGUGAGUUCGAUUAGCCGCGUGCUCAGAAUCAAGUUCGGGAAGAAGGAGGAGGAAGACGAAGCGGACAAGAAGGAGGACGACGGCGAGAAGAAAGCCAAGCACAGCAUCGACGGCAUCUUGGGCGACAAAGGCAACCGUCUGGAUGAGGGCUCGGACGUGGAGUCAGAACCCGACCUCCCUCUGAAACGUAAGCAGCGCCGCAGUCGGACCACGUUCACAGCCGAGCAGCUGGAGGAGCUGGAGAAGGCCUUCGAGAGGACUCACUACCCGGACAUCUACACCCGGGAGGAGCUGGCGCAGAGGACCAAGCUGACGGAGGCACGCGUGCAGGUCUGGUUCAGUAACCGCCGUGCCCGCUGGCGUAAACAGGCAGGAGCCAACCAGCUGGCAGCAUUCAACCACCUUCUGCCAGGCGGCUUCCCGCCCACCGGCAUGCCCACGCUGCCCCCCUACCAGCUGCCAGACUCCACCUACCCCACCACCACCAUCUCCCAAGAUGGGGGCAGCACUGUGCACCGGCCCCAGCCCCUCCCGCCGUCCACCAUGCACCAGGGGGGCCUGGCUGCGGCCGCUGCAGCCGCAGACACCAGCUCUGCUUACGGAGCUCGCCACAGCUUCACCAGCUACUCCGAGAGCUUCAUGAACCCGGCAGCGCCCUCCAACCACAUGAACCCUGUCAGCAAUGGCCUGUCUCCUCAGGUGAUGAGCAUUCUGAGCAACCCCAGCGCAGUGCCACCGCAGCCCCAGGCCGACUUCUCCAUCUCUCCGCUGCACGGCGGCCUGGACUCUGCCACCUCCAUCUCGGCCAGCUGCAGCCAGCGGGCUGACUCCAUCAAGCCGGGAGACAGCCUGCCCACCUCCCAGUCCUACUGCCCGCCCACCUACAGCACCCCCGGCUACAGCGUGGACCCCGUGGCUGGCUACCAGUACGGCCAGUAUGGCCAGACUGCUGUUGAUUACCUGGCCAAAAACGUGAGCCUCUCCACGCAGCGUCGCAUGAAGCUUGGGGAGCAUUCGGCUGUGCUGGGACUCCUGCCUGUGGAAACUGGCCAGGCCUACUAG